UCUUUUCGAUGGGUGUUUACAUAGAUAUAUUAGGCACAGACUCGUCUGAGAAGCCAGAUAAUCAAGAACGACGUAUAGGAAGAAACUGAAUAAUUUUACCCGAGUUCUAAUAAUGAAGAUUUUGUACACUCUGGGGCUUUUGUUAGUUGUCGCAACCUACGAAGUAUACACCCUGGAAUGUCACAUGAGAGAGCUAGAUAUCUGUGCUGCUUCUUUGCUUCUGUUUAACCAGGAUGAUGAUGUUGCCCAGUCUGAGGACGAACUAGACAUACAAUGCUCAUACAUCCGAGAGGCCCAGCAAUGUCUCCAGAAUUAUACAAAUCAUUGCAUGACUCCUAUUCAGAGGGAGCUGAUGGAUUUUACUAGCGAAGGAUCUCAGAAUUUGCUUAAAGACUAUUGUACCGUUGGCUCCGAAAUCAGGAACAAUUAUUUGAAAAAUUCUAACUGUCUCAACGAGGCUAACAAAGAAGCGAGGUCUUGUUUAACAGACUUGCAAGCAGCACUAGAUGCUAUUGGAAAUGCUGAGUUUAACAGUCGUGUAACCACUGCUUGUUGCGGAUACCAAAGGUACAUGGAAUGCGUUAGAGAAACGAUUAACAGAAAGUGUGGAGCAGAUUUGGUUAAUUUUACACAGGAACUCUUAAGAAUGGCCGUUUCUCGUCUUCCAGACAUCGUCUGUUCCGGUUAUGAACCUGAUAGUAGCGUAUGUAAAGAUGCACUUCCACCUCCAGGCACGCCACCAAUAGGCAGUAAUUCUAACUCUCCCCUGUCUCGCCUCUUUAGCGCUUACUUUCCAGAAUAACGUAGUGCACUAUGAAAAAUAGUGUUAACAACGAUUGUUAUAAAAGCUAAAUGGGUAAUUUUGGAUGGGCUUUGAUCUUUCAAAAAAUAAAUAAAUAAACAAUGUUUGUAAAAGAAUGAAAACGGUACAAGAUGGUGUUCCCUCAGUUCAAUUAUUUUUGUAUUGUGACCUCACUACUAUUCAAACUCUCCUUUCGUGAUUGAAAAUUUGUAAUACUGUUAAACGUUUUGAGUGGUAAAGACGACUCUUUGCCUGUUUAGGUUUAAAUGUCAAUAAAACAAUUUUUAAUUACA